UCUGAACUCUAAAAUUACCGGUUCGAGUAGAUUGAAUUUGACUCUUGUGCCCGUAUUUGAAAUGCGUUUACUGAAUGUCUCUAAAACGCGAUUGAAGGUUUCAAACGCACUUCACUGGAUGAUGUGUAUUUAGGCUGCGGUGAACAGUUCAUCGAAGCAAGAGUACCAUGGAGGAGGAAGCAAAGAGUAGGAAAGCCAUCGCUCUCUUCAUAGCUUUCGGUACCAAAGGCGAUGUCUACCCUCUCGCUGCCAUUGCCGCAGCUUUCGCUCGUAAUCAGCAACAUUACUCUGUGGUUUUGAUGUCACAUUCGGCUCAUGAGAACUUAAGCUCCCACCUUAUCAAAGCGAAAGUUUCAUUCUUUCCUAUCACUUCUCCUCCUGCUCUGUCUAGUGACUCUCUGGGUACUCAAAACGCCACAGACUCGCUGAGGACAAUCUUUUUGGAGGAGAAAGAAAGGAUAAAAAGGGAACACAGACAAGAGUGUCUCUCUGCAUUCCGAAGCAUUUUUGGAAAGGGUCCUUGUAUGGAGGGUGAUUUCGUUGUCAUCAAUUUCUUUGCAUUGGAAGGAUGGAGCCUAGCAGAACUUUUUCAGAUUCGUUGUGUGGUGGCUGCUCCUUAUGUUGUUCCGUAUAGUCCACCAACAGGCUUUGAAAGACAGUUUAGAAAGGAACUCCCAGAUUUGUACAAGUACUUGAAAGAAGCCCCCAUUGGCAAGGUUAGCUGGAGUGAUGUAACUCAUUGGAUGUGGCCUCUUUUUACUGAAGAAUGGGGAUCAUGGCGAUACGAGGAACUCAACCUAAGUUGUUAUCCUUUUGCAGAUCCAGUAACAGACCUUCCAAUUUGGCAUUACCGGCCGCCAUCUCCCUUGGUCUUGUAUGGUUUCAGCAAAGAAAUCGUUGAAUGGCCUGAUUACUGGCCGUUGAGCGUUCGAGUCUGUGGUUUUUGGUUUCUGCCCAAUGAAUGGCAAUUUUCAUGCAAUAAGUGUGGAGACAAUCCUUCUGCAGGGCGCCUGGAAACAGACGAUUCUCAUAAAUGCUCAAACCACACUGAGUUGUAUACUUUUAUAUCGUCUUUUGAGCCAGCUCUACCUAUCUUUGUAGGGCUAAGCUCUAUUGGAAGCAUGGGUUUUGUAAGGGAUCCCCUAGCCUUUCUUCGAGUUCUUCAAUCUGUUAUCCAGAUAACUGGUUACAGAUUUAUCAUUUUCACAGCGGGUUAUGGACCUUUAGAUGCAGCAAUUUGGACCAUUGCUAAUGGAUCAGAUACAAGUGAGAAACAAUCUUUACAUGCGGGAAUCUCUAUUUUCGACGGAAAACUUUUCUGCUUCUCUGGUAUGGUGCCAUACAAUUGGCUGUUUCGAAGAUGCGCUGCUGCUAUUCAUCAUGGUGGCAGUGGUUCUGUUGCUGCAGCAUUACAGGCUGGUCUCCCGCAGAUCAUAUGCCCAUUUAUGCUGGAUCAGUUCUAUUGGGCAGAAAAAAUGUAUUGGCUUGGGGUUGCUCCUCAGCCAUUAAAAAGAAACCACCUGCUUCUGGAGAAAACAAAUGAUGAGAACAUCAAGGAAGCUGCACAAGUGGUAGCAGAAGCCAUAUACGAUGCACUGUCAGCAAAAACUAGGGCUCGUGCCAUGGAAAUCGCGGAACUAUUAUCUCUUGAGGAUGGAGUCACAGAAGCUGUGAGAGUGCUAAGAGAAGAGGUGUGUGAAGUUUCGGGUAGCAACUAGCAACUGAAUAUAUUUGGAUUUGGAUGAGCAUAGUCAUAGAUAGAACAACGUAAAACCUUAUGUCAAAGUGAUGGUUGAUCAAUGCAUACUGAUUCUUUCUUCGCCACCAACCUUAAAAUAACGUCUUAACUUUCUCUUUCUACUAUUUGUGCUUCAUUUGAUGUACAUUGGAUCAAAAAUUGUAAGACGUUAACUUUCUCCCACGAAACAUUUUGUGCUUCCUA